AUGUUGAGCAGCAAGAUUGAGCGGCUCCAGGCGAAGCAUGAUGAGCGCAUCAAGGCAGUGAGAGAGCUUCUUGGGCACGUGCAUGCUGUACAGGAGCAGGAAGACGCUGAGGUUCGAGCCAUUAAGGGUCAAACUUUCAAGAGCUUGCAACAGCUGUCAUCGCAGCUCGAAGGAAGCAGCGACCUAUACUCAGCGCAGUUGUUCAGAAACUUCACGAGUCUCGCCUUGUCAGUAGAGGGAAAGUUGUCACGGAUGCAGGUGAAGGCAAGAAGUUUGCAAGACAAAUUGAGACAAAUCAACCAAGCUAAGAAUCAUGCGCUGUCCAAGCUGCGAAAACAACGAGGGCUGACGCUGAGCGGGUCGAAAAGAAAGAUGAGGAGGGCCGGAAAGAUGCUGGUAGAGCUUGUUGAAACUCUUGUGUUUGUAUUGAGCCAAGAGCCUCAGCUCAAAUCGAUAGAAGAGGAGGGCAAAGACGUCAAAGAGGACGAUGAGACGACUGUUUCAACCCUCAGUUCUAAGUUCAAGAAGUUCAAGGAUAAGCUUGAUAGCUACCGUCGACAGUCGGAGCAAGAAGUCAAUGCUCAACAAAAGCUGAUGUCUGGAUUGGAGAAAGACGUUGCAGCGGCCGAAGCUCGCAACGCCUUGAUGCUUCAAAAUCUGAGGAGUGGCCUGGAAACGAACAAGCAGGUGGCGUCGGAGCACCUGCUGGCGUUGCAAGCGCUUGAGGGCGGCCGUUCAAAGGCGCUGGAGACUUUGAACGCAUCGCUGAGGAUCGUCUCGCAGAAUCAUCCGGCCUCGUUGCAGACUCUCGAACAACAGGAGCGAGCGCUUGCCAGAGCACUGCACGAUCGCAACGAACAAGACGAGGCUGCCUUGAUGGCAAUGAAGCGGGCGAGCGACGAGAUGGCGGAGGAGGCGGAGGACGCCAUCAACAACCAAAACUCUGAGGGAGACACGAUUGACUCGAAGCUCGAGGAAGAUAUCACCUCCUGGCUGGACGAGCUUGAGUCCAGCUACGAUGUGGUCGAACAGGAGACGAUCGUUGCCAACAUGACGCUCGACAACGACAAAGACACCGUGAGGCGUGCGAUCGAGGAGAUUCACAAAGGAGAGAAGCGGCUGGCAAGGAUGGUGGACCCAGUCAGGAAGAAGCUCGACGCCUUGGAGGGGAAGAUCUCGAAGGAAAGCCAGAGACUCGAAGGCAACAUGCUGCAUGUCCAGUCAGCAACGCCGACCUUGUCCUCCUCCAUCGCCGCUGGGCUGCAGAGGCUGUCGGCUGCCCUCCAACAGACUGAGGAGGAGCUCAACGGGCGGAUGGAGGAAGAGGCAGAGAGCCUGGCAGCAGCUGUCGCAAGAGCGAAGAAGGAGGAGUCAGCCAAGGACUCUGAAGUUGCUGAGAAGGUCAAGAGCUCCCUUGCUCCCGUGAAGGUCAGAAUGCAGGCUGACCAGACCCGGUUCGACAAGGUUAUGAAAGAUCGUCAGUCCAUGAACGAGUUCAACGCCUCCGCCAUGUUGCCCUCUGCGAUGACUGGCGGGGCUGCGCGAUAA